UUAUUUAUGACGUGAAAAGGAAGGGAUGUCGCUCUGAUCUCCGCUGUCACUUGAACGACUCGUUUCCAGGGUAACAGACAACACAAAGCCAACGGAGACGGUGACAACACGUGAACAAUGUCUUAUCAAGCGGUUACCAGCCGUGUUUCUGAAGAGGAACAGGAUUUCUAUGAAAUUAAAAACGCGGCCGAGUUUUAUCGGGUCAACCGAGUCCCGGAGCAGAUAGAGGGAGCUCUCAACGAACUCUUCCUCCACAAGCCCAGAGACGUUCACGGCUACCUGGCAAAUUACUUUGCAAACCUCUCUGCACCACCAAGGAUAAACAGACUGAGGGGAAAGGAGGUUUAUGACACAAGAGGACAACUAUCCAUUGAGGUGGAGGUCUUCUGCAUCGUCAGCAACAAGGAAAAGAGCAUUUCCUCAGGUGCUAUCUCCAGCCUCUUUGGGUCUAAAGAGUCUUCACUGGACUGGAGAGCUGAGAGUCAGGAGAGGGCUGACCAUGUGAUGACUGCUGUCCAGUGGAUCAAUGAACCUCUAAACAACAUGUUGAAGGGCCAAAACCCCUGUGACCAAUCAGAAGUUGACCAUGCUCUCAGUAAUUUCUUCAUGGCCCGGUACCUGGAGGAGAAAGACAUCCGCAACAGGGAGGAGGGGAAGGAGAGUCAUUCACCAAACGAGUCUGAGGCGGUUCUUCCUUCUGCACCGUCAGCACAGGCUAAAGACAAAAGGACUGUUGAUAAAGGUAAAAAAAGCAAUACUUCAGAGAAACCGUUUCCUCCAGCAGAGCCACCAGAGCCAGUUCUACCUGGGAGCUUAGCCAUCGGCUCAGUGUCUGUGGCUGUUGCCAGAACUGGGGCACAGUUACAGGGCCUCCCUCUCUAUGGAUACAUAGCAGCGCUAAAGAACGGAGAGACUCCAACACAGUUUUACAUCCCUGUCUCCUUGGUGACUUUGCUGAGCUGUGGGAAGAAAUCUGCUGGAAAACUGAGUUUGCUGGAAGAAAUCAUUCUGAUCCCCAAAGCAGGACAACGAGUCAAACAAAUCAUCACAAUGACCCUUGAAUUACAGAAGGAGAUGAUGAGAAUAAUGAACACUUCAACAAAAGCCGGGGCCACUCAGGCAACUCUGCAUGACAGUGGUGCGCCAGCUGUGAGCUAUGAGAGACCCGAGCAGCCUCUGGAUCUCAUCGCUGAAGCCUGCAUCAACCUUGGACUGGCACUGGGAACAGAGAUCCAUUUAGCAUUAAACUGUGACGCCCGUGAGCUUAUGGACUUUUCUAAAGGAAAGUAUGAAGUUUCAACAGGAGUUUUGAAGUCUCCGGAUGAAUUAGUGGACAUGUACCAAACACUUGUCAGCAAAUACCCAGCAGUGGUGGCUUUAAUCAAUCCAUUCAGGAGAGAGGACAUAGUCCAGUGGGAGAAGCUGAGCAAUGUUAUUGGAGACUCAUGUUCACUGCUCUUUGACGUCACUUACAAGGCAAAGGCCCUGCCCCAUCUGGGCGUCAGAGGUCACAUCUUAAAACACACUGAUGAGAUGACAAUCAGUGAUUUGGUCCGCAUCACUUCAGAGCACCAAGGUUCAGUGUUGCUGGGUACAACAUACAGUGAGCCCUGCAGUAGUGACUCUUUUUCAGAUAUAGCUGUGGGUCUGGGGCUGGACUAUGUCAAACUGGGAGGUCUGAGUGGUGCUGAGAGGAUGACUAAAUACAACCGGCUGAUUUCUAUAGAGGAAGAACUGGCCCAACAAGGAAUCCUGGUCUCCAAGGAGAAGCACCCCCCUCCACUGUUCACUGAAAACCUACAAAAGCAGUCCGCUACUGCAGAGAGACAUCUGUCAGACAAGGCCUGAAGGAAUACAGCUCUCAGCUUCUGUCAGGAAAAUAUGACUGAUUUAAAUACUAUGUAUAUAUUUUAUUUUCAUACUUCAAUUCUGCUGUUGUCACUUACUUGCAGGUCAGGAUUUUACUUAUAAAACCUACUGAGUUGAUUAUAAACAUUAUAAAAUGCAAUAAGCUAGUGUUGUUGUGGUAAAAAAAAAAAAAAAAUCAAUAUGAAGCUAUUGAGAGACAGGCUGAGUGGCUAAACACGACCUUCAAUAAAGCAGUUUUUAAAAGCCAAACAUCUCGUCGCCCCUUCAGGUGUAUACAAGCCAUACCAGGCACUGUACACAAACACAGGUCUGCUUUCAAAUCACAGUCAACCAUCUCCAUAAACAUAUCCAAAUAUAGCAGCACUCAUGAGCCAUAACACAACACAUGAGCCCUCAGCCUUCACUACAGUGGAGACAGUACAGAUCCACUGGUGGAGAUCUUCAUUUUAUGUGAUUAAUGUAUGUACCUUUUUUUUUUCUAAACAGACAUUUUUGAACACAUUAUUGCCAAAACACAGAAUAAAUUCACCCACUUGUAUAUUUUAAACAUUUAAUUAGCUUCAUUUGUGUCACUUACAAAAAUCCUCUCAAACAAAAUCUGCAUCAGGUUCCCAAUAUCUUUUACUCAUGACUCUAUGUAGUAAUCAGUUCUGUUUUAUUUGAAUAAUAGCCGAGGUUUUUAAAAACAUGCUGUGUUUACCUUUGGGGGGUCCACACCCCACUAAUCUAGAUAAACCACGAUACAUGAAAACACUCCACUGAAUUUCAGAUGAGUGACAUUAAUUUUAUAUUCACAACUCUAAGAUCAGGGCCACGCAGCAUACUCAUACUGUCAAACCAAUAAAUGAAUAAAUGAAAUAAAAUUCUUAAACCACUUUAUGUACAUAUACAAAAUAUAUAUACUAUAUGUAUGUAUGUGUAUAUAUAUAUAUAUAUAUAUAUAUAUAUAUAUAUAUAUACAUACACACAUACAUACACAUAUACACAUAUAUAUAUAUAUAUAUAUGUAUAAGUUGUUGAUUCACUGUGUCCAUUUGUUCGUUUUUGCAGCAACAGCUUUGCUUUAAUAGAAAUGGAUAAAAAAAGGCUGUAAAAAGCGGUGGGAGGACAAAAGCCAGAGAACACGCACACACACUUGCACACACACUUGCACACACACGGCUGUGUUAGUGUUGUCCAACAACGCUGGCCUCUUGUCUUCAUACCUGGUCAGCACCCUGGCUGACCCCUCUCAUGGCUCCUCAGUUUCUGGAGGAAAGGAUUGUGUCAGUGUGUAAAAACAGGAGCGGAGAGGAGCUGCGCCUGGCCUGCAGCACAGAGAAAAGACUGCUUGUAUAAAGUGAUAAGUGGAAGAGCUUCUCAAGUGCUUUGUGUACCAGCCACAUACAGCUGCAUCAAUGUGCCUGUCAAGUGAGUUAUCCCAUAUUCACAGCUCUUUUCUGUUAAACAGACAACAGACAGGAUCCGGCUGACAUGGCCCUGCUGACACCACAAUGGUCCCGCUCAAGUUUAAAGGAUGGAAAUAAAAAUUUCGACUGAAGAUGUUGACACACGGUUCGUUCGAAACAACACUGAAUGUAAACAUGUCUCUUAUUUCUUUCUUUACUCCACAGUUCACAUGUUCCUUCUAUUUUUAGAUUAUUUCUAGGUAAAACAGCUGCUUCAUGUUCUACAAAUUUCAUAUGUACUUUAAUGUCAGACAAAUAAAUUAAAUUACAAUUGUUCUCCAAUUGUUUUUGAUAGUAUUUGGUUUCUUGAUUUGCUGGCAGUUGCACUCAGUGCUGCUGUAAAUGUCGGUGAGCGAAGACAACCUCUAAUCAAUGAAAACAUGCAGACACAGACUGAGGCCGGGCGCACAGCCGCAGCUCAACGGAGGCUCCCUGGCAGGCAAUUACUGUGUUUGGGAAAAUAAAUGAAAUGACUAACAAAAUAGGUCAAAUUAAGUGUUUCCCAGACACACUAAAAGGACCUCCCUAAUUGCUGGUCCCCAAAGGGACAAAAAUACAAAAACAAAACAUUAUAUUGUAUCGGCUGAUGACGAGAGAAAAGACAGAGUGUCGACAAUAGGCUGUGGCAGUGAAGAAGAAACGGAGUAAAGAAAAGGACACAGCAUGCUCUGUGUAAUGACAUGUUUUGCCUCGAUCGGCGGUGUGUGUACCGGCUGUCAUUCAACGUCAACGAGUCUGCAGCUGGAGCAGAUGGUGGAGGAAGGCUGACCUGGUCAUUGACUUUGUUUCUCCUGAGGGAAGAGACACGCUCAUCACUCUACUGAAUCAAACACUAUAUUGUAUGUGGACACACAAUUGAUUCAUGCCAGGAUGGCCUCGAUGAGAAGAACCUCAUUUGAUAUGGAGGAUAUGAGGAGACAAAGAUCAAUACAAAGGCCUUCUCCUCUUUUCUCACUCUACUCCUACUCAAGCAGGUCGGCUUGACUCUAACCUCCAACAUACAGUAUUAUCCAAGAUAAUUCUCACAUCUUCACGCUGCUGUUGUCAGGACAAAAAGCCAAAUAUGCUCUGUGCACAUCUGAUUAGUUCAUAUAAUCUCCUCUGAGACCACUUCCUUUUUCUACGAGAUCCACAGUUGUCACAAAAUCUGUGGUUAAAUCAAUUUAGAAUGUGACUUCCUGUGUGUGUGGAUGGAUCUCUGAAGAGCACUGCUGAUGAAUCCUGUUAGAGAAGAGACAACUACAUUUCCACCAUUUUCUGAUGGGGGGGAACUGGGAGCUGGAAAUUGCACCUCAGUGCUAAACGAAGCCUAAAGCUUUAAUUAACAGCAGCACACAAUAAGUGAAGGACACUGCCCACAGUUCACGGCUCUCAUGUUUCAAUCCCUCACUCAAGGAAGUGUCUGGGAAAUCUAGGCAGGUGUUGAGGUAAAACAAAACGAGACGAGAGCAGCCCACCAUUGUAGUUAAAUUACCAGCAUUCACUGUGGUUUUCAAAGGGCACAGGCUGAUCCCCGGCUCCACACCUGACUUACACCACCACUGACUGAGGCUUAAAGAGACAAUCCACCGUAAGUCACUGUAACAUGGUUAGUGCUCAAGUGUUGUUGUAAUAUAUUUAGUGAUGCCACUUUACUCAUUGUAUCUCAUUGUAUUUACAUACAUGAAUACAACAGAAUCUGACGACUGAACAUGUUACUGUAAACAUCAAGGUUCGUUUCAUUUACUCACAAUUUGACACAAAAACAUGGAGAGAUCCAUCUCAGAGACCAGAGUCUGGUGUAGAAGUGGCGUUACCCAGAUCUUUGAGUUUCCUGAACAGAACAUCAGUCAUGAUUCAGGAAUAACACAUGGAUGUUGUAGGAGAACAUAAUAAAUAUCUUGUCAGUGAAAAAUUUAUUGAUUCAUUCGGCAUCAACAUUUUGUGACUUGACAAAUACGUUCAGUAGAAGUGUUGAUUAAAUUAUAAUCUGGGCUAAAAUAUGUUUCUCUUAAAAUCUAUUUAUUGUUGCAAAUUAGUAAUUAAUAUGAAAAUACUUUGUAGGAUUCAGGUUUGUUGAUUCAUGAGUCCCACAGGAAAAUCCCACAAUAACAACAACAACAACAACAAUAACAACAACAACAACAACAACAACCCAGUAAUGCUCCGACUGCCCCACCAAAUCAAAAAAGAAAAAGGAAAAGUAUUUUAUUUUGAUUUGACCAAUCAGUUUAUUUAUAUCUGAUUAGUCGGUCUGCAUGUCUUAUGUACUAUUAGAUGCUAUGGCUUUAGUUUUAGAGAACAUAUGUUAUAGCUUACAGUCCUAAUAGAACAUUCAUAGAGGACCUCAGUCAAGUCCUGCACUUAGUGACCAGUCAACAUCUCUUAAUGCCCCCCCCCAAGUAAAGGCAGUGUAGAACCGGGCCUGCACCAACACAGUCCAGCAGCAGCAGCAGCUCUGUUUGCAUCUGAACUCCUGCUAACAGUCAGAAGCAUCUGAAAAUGUUUGUCCAAAAGGCUGACCUCUGUUCUGCAGCCAAACAGGUAGUAACACUGCAGGGUGGAGGCAACAGAGAGGAGGCGGUGCCCCACAUACAAUGGGGGGGCCUAAGAAGGUUGGGGGGUAUAAGAGUGAGUGAGGGGAGCAGUGAAAACGGAAUCAGCCUCAGUGCUCUGUAAUUGCUCACUGGAUGGCUACAAGGUUAAAACUAGUCUAGACAUAAGCAUUCAGAGACUUCGCUUUAGCAAAACCUCAAGGCUGCAGAACUGUUCCUGCUCCGAAACAAUACACUGGGCUCCCCUGUCACCAUUAGAGAAAGAGCUGAAUCAACCCUGAAAAGGUGGUGUGUGAUACACACAGUUCAUUUCAAUGAAAUGAAACUCAGUGUAAAUCAAUGACACGCUUGUGCUCUUGGUCCACAUGCUAUGUAACCUCACAACCAGGAUGUCUGCUCUCAUUUCUUUUCACUCUGGACCCUUUACACUGUAUCACUGACUCAGAAUACAAUCACAUGAUUUUAAAGUGCCAAUAGACAACUUCUAAUCAAUGAACAUUGAGAAAUUGGGCGCAUGAGUGCAAGUCUCAUUUCCACUCCCACAAUAACUGGAUGAAGACUCUCCCUUAAUCAAUUAGUUUGUAUAAAAAAACACUGUCUCCACCAAAAGUGAUCAGACACAGAGAAGAACGAUGAGAGAGAAGAAGAAUUGUGAAACUGAGGUAAAAACCUGCAUCAGUUUACUUUAGUACAGUCACUCUAAUGUAAAGUCCUGUUUAACUUCGAACUUCAUUUAUUGGGACCAGAGAGUCUUAACGAGGCUCCACAGGCUCCAACACUGUGAUCAGAAAAUAUUCAAAUAGUAUCAAACAGUU